AUGCGUGUGGAGGACUGCGGCAGUGGGAAUUUUCGCUGUAACAAUGGAUACUGCAUUCCUGCAGCCUGGAGGUGUGAUGGGACCAAAGACUGUCUGGAUGACACAGAUGAAAUUGGCUGUCCUCCCCGUUCUUGCGGAUCGGGCUAUUUCCUGUGUCCUACUGAGGGGACCUGCAUCCCUCAGGCUUGGGUGUGUGACCAGGACAUGGACUGUUCGGAUGGAGCGGAUGAACAUCAAAAUUGCCGUGGGACCACAUGCUCAAGCCAGCAGCUGACAUGCUCUGACGGUCAGUGUAUUCCCAUCGAAUACAAGUGUGACCGUGUCAGCGACUGUUCCGACGGCUCGGAUGAGAGGAACUGCCAUUACCCAACAUGCGAUCAACUGACCUGUGACAAUGGAGCCUGUUACAACACGAGCCAGAAGUGUGACCAGCGGAUUGAUUGCAGGGACUCCUCUGAUGAAGCCAACUGCACGGCCGCCAUGUGUUCGAACAAAGAAUUUGAAUGUGGCAGUGGAGAGUGUAUCCUUCGCGCCUAUGUCUGUGACCACGACAACGACUGUCAAGAUAAUAGUGAUGAACACAAUUGCAAAUAUGACACCUGCGGAGGCCACCAGUUCACUUGCUCCAAUGGCCAGUGCAUUAGCCAGAACUGGGUUUGUGAUGGAGACGAUGACUGCCAGGAUGCUGGUGACGAAGAGGGAUGUGAAAGUAGCCAACGUUAUCAUUCAUGUUACCCAAGAGAAUGGGCUUGUCCAGGGUCUGGGCGAUGCAUCUCAAUUGAUUCAGUUUGUAAUGGAGUUCCAGACUGUCCAGGAGGAGAAGAUGAAAACAACGCCACCAGCGGAAGACAGUGUGGCACGGACAUCUGCUCUGUCUUAAACUGUGAGUACCAAUGCCACCAGACCCCGUUUGGAGGAGAAUGCUUCUGCCCCCCAACUCAUAUCAUCAACGCCAAUGACAGUCGUACUUGCAUUGAUUUUGAUGACUGCCAGAUAUGGGGAAUUUGUGACCAGAAGUGUGAAAACCAACAAGGCCGUCACCAGUGCCUCUGUCAGGAAGGCUAUAUCUUGGAGCGCGGGCAGCAUUGCAAAGCCAACGAUUCCUUCGGUGCAGCCUCCAUUAUCUUCUCCAAUGGUCGGGAUUUGCUAGUUGGGAAUCUUCAUGGGAGCAACUUCCGGAUUCUCGUGGAGUCUAGAAACCGCGGAGUGGCUAUGGGCGUGGAUUUCCACUAUCAGAAGCGCAGAGUCUUUUGGACAGACCCCAUGCAAGACAAGGUUUUUUCCACCGACAUUAACGGCUUAAAUACCCAAGAAAUUCUUAAUGUUUCUGUGGAUGCUCCAGAGAAUGUGGCUGUGGACUGGAUUAAUGAUAAGCUUUAUCUGGUAGAGACAAAGGUCAACCGAAUUGAUGUUGUCAACUUGGAUGGAAGUCAGCGUAUUACUCUCAUAACCGAAAACUUGGGGCAUCCUAGAGGAAUUGCCCUAGACCCAACUGUGGGCUAUUUGUUUUUCUCAGACUGGGGAAGCCUCUCUGGGGAGCCCAAGCUGGAGAGAGCCUUCAUGGACGGCAGCAAUCGGAAAGACCUGGUCAAGACGAAAGUGGGCUGGCCCGCUGGCAUCACUCUGGAUCUAGUGACCAAGCGAGUGUACUGGGUGGACUCUCGUUAUGACUAUAUCGAAACUGUGACAUACGAUGGGAUUCAAAGGAAGACUGUAAUUCACGGAGGCUCCCUUGUCCCUCAUCCCUUCGGAAUAAGCUUGUUUGAGGAACAUGUGUUCUUUACUGAUUGGACGAAGCUGGCUGUGAUGAAAGCAAACAAGUUCACAGAAACCCACCCUCAGGUGUACCACCAGUCUUCCCUGAGGCCUAAUGGGGUGGCAGUUUACCAUGCCCUCAGGCAGCCCCAUGCCAGCAAUCCGUGUGGCAGUAACAACGGGGGCUGUGAACAGGUCUGUGUCCUCAGUCACAGGACGGAUAACAGUGGCCUGGGCUACCGCUGCAAGUGUGAAUUCGGCUUUGAACUGGACACUGAUGAGCGCCACUGUGUUGCCGUUAAGAGCUUCUUGCUCUUCUCAUCGAAAAUGGCCGUGCGUGGGAUCCCAUUCACGCUUUCUGCCCAGGAAGAUGUCAUGGUUCCUGUCACAGGAGGGUCUUCCUACUUUGUUGGAAUUGAUUUUGAUGCUCAACACAGCACCAUCUUCUUCUCAGAUUUAUCAAAAGACAUAAUUUAUAAACAAAAAAUCGAUGGCACAGGAAAAGAAGUCCUCACAGCAAACAGGUUGCAAAGUGUGGAGGGUCUGACUUUUGACUGGAUUUCAAGGAAUCUCUACUGGACAGAUGCAGGGCUAAAGAGUGUCAGCGUCAUGAAGCUGGCUGAUAAGUCCCGACGACAGAUAAUCAGCAACUUAAACAACCCCCGCUCCAUUGUGGUCCACCCUGCUGCUGGGUACAUAUUCAUGAGUGACUGGUUCCGUCCUGCUAAAAUUAUGAGAGCGUGGAGCGAUGGGUCUCACCUAACGACUAUAGUCAACACUACUCUGGGGUGGCCCAAUGGCUUGGCCAUCGACUGGAGUGCUUCACGACUGUACUGGGUAGAUGCCUUUUUUGAUAAAAUUGAGCACAGUACCUUUGACGGUUUAGAUAGAAAAAGAUUGGGCCGAAUCGACCAGAUGACGCAUCCUUUUGGACUCACCAUUUUUAAAGAUAACGUGUUUUUGACAGACUGGAGACUGGGGGCUAUUCUUCGCGUCAGGAAAUCUGAUGGUGGUGAUAGGACAGUUAUCCGGAGUGGCAUCAGCAGCAUAAUGCAUGUGAAAACCUACGACGCUGACCUUCAGACGGGGUCCAACUACUGCAGUCAGCCCACCCAUCCCAACGGCGACUGCAGCCAUUUCUGCUUCCCAGUACCAAACUUCCAGCGGGUGUGUGGCUGCCCCUACGGCAUGAGGCUUCAGAGGGAUCAGAUGACCUGUGAGGGCGACCCAGCCCGUGAGCCGCCCACGCCGCAGUGUGGCUCUCUCUCAUUUGCCUGCAACAAUGGCAAGUGUGUGCCCAACGUAUUCCGCUGCGAUGGAGUGGACGAUUGUCAUGAUAACAGUGAUGAGCUUCAGUGUGGCGCAUUCAAUAAUUCCUGUUCGUCUUCGGCUUUCACCUGUGUCCACGGCGGGCAGUGCAUCCCUGGCCAGUGGCGCUGUGACAAACAGAAUGACUGUUUAGAUGGCAGUGACGAGGAAAACUGCCCCACUAGUACGACUUCAACCUGCCCAUCCACCUCCUUCACCUGCGACAAUUACAUGUGUAUCCCAAGAGAAUGGCUCUGCGACACAGACAAUGAUUGUUCUGACGGAUCAGAUGAAAAGAACUGCCAAGCUUCGGCCACCUGCCAACCUACACAGUUCCGUUGCCCUGACCACCGAUGUAUCAGCCCGUUGUAUGUCUGCGAUGGGGACAAGGACUGUGUUGAUGGGUCUGACGAGGCAGGCUGUGUGUUAAACUGCACGAGUUCGCAGUUCAAAUGUGCUGAUGGGAGUUCUUGCAUUAACGUCAGAUACCGCUGUGACGGGGUUUAUGACUGCAAGGACAACUCUGACGAGGCAGGCUGUCCAACCAGGCCUCCUGGCAUGUGCCACCCAGACGAGUUUCAGUGCCAAGGAGAUGGUACCUGCAUCCCUAACACCUGGGAGUGUGACAGACACCCAGACUGCAUCGACGGAUCUGAUGAGCACAACGGCUGUGUCCCUAAGACCUGCGCUCCAACCCAUUUUCUCUGUGACAAUGGGAACUGCGUCUACAAAUCAUGGAUCUGUGACGGGGACAAUGACUGCAGGGAUAUGAGUGAUGAGAAGGACUGCCCCACUCAGCCUUUUCAGUGUCCCAGUUGGCAGUGGCAGUGCCCGGGCUACAGCACGUGUAUCAACCUGAGUGCCCUCUGUGAUGGCAUCUUUGACUGCCCGAAUGGGACUGAUGAGUCCCCACUUUGCAACCAGGACAGCUGUUCACAUUUUAAUGGUGGUUGCACCCACCAGUGUGUCCAGGGGCCCUUUGGAGCCACGUGCAUAUGUCCGUCAGGGUACCAACUUGCCAAUGAUACUAAGACCUGUGAAGAUAUAAACGAGUGUGAACUUCCAGGCUUCUGCAGCCAGCACUGUAUCAACAUGAGAGGCUCCUUCCGGUGUGCUUGUGAUGCAGAAUACUUACUGGAAAGUGACGGGCGGACUUGCAAAGCUGCAGCAUCUGAAAGUCAGUUGUUAGUUGUAGCAAGUCAGGACAAAAUCAUCGUAGACAAUAUCACUGCCCACGUGCACAACAUCUAUUCAUUGGUCCAGGAUGUUUCUUUUGUGGUUGCUCUUGAUUUUGAUUCGGUCACCGGACGCAUCUUUUGGUCUGACAUACGGCAGGGGAAAACCUGGAGUGUUUUUCAAAAUGGAACAGACAAGAGAGUGGUACAUGACAGUGGUCUCUCUGUGACGGAAAUGAUUGCAGUAGAUUGGAUAGGUCGCAACCUUUACUGGACGGACUAUGCUCUUGAAACAAUUGAAGUUUCUAAAAUUGAUGGAAGCCACAGGACAGUGCUGAUUAGCAAAAAUGUCACAAAACCUAGGGGACUAGCAUUAGAUCCUAGAAUGGGUGACAAUCUAAUGUUCUGGUCUGACUGGGGCCGUCACCCACGCAUCGAGCGAGCCAGCAUGGAUGGUACCAUGCGCACAGUCAUUGUCCAGGACAAGAUCUACUGGCCCUGCGGCCUAAGUAUUGACUACCCCAACCGACUCAUCUACUUCAUGGAUGCCUAUCUUGACUACCUUGAAUUCUGUGAUUAUGAUGGACACAAUCGAAGGCAGGUCAUUGCCAGUGAUUUGGUUCUCCACCACCCUUACGCUCUGACUCUGUUUGAAGACUCUGUGUACUGGACUGACCGUGGCACUUGGCAGGUUAUGCAGGCCAACAAGUGGCAUGGGGGGAACCAGUCUGUUGUCAUGUACAGCGUUCACCAGCCUCUGGGGAUUGUUGCCAUCCAUCCUUCAAGGCAACCAUCUUCCCCAAAUCCAUGCGCCUCUGCCUCCUGCAGCCAUCUCUGCCUGCUUUCUGCACAGCCGCCUAGACAUUACUCUUGUGCUUGUCCUUCAGGAUGGAACCUCUCUGACGAUUCUGUCAACUGUGUGAGAGGAGACCAGCCUUUCUUGCUCUCUGUAAGGGACAGUAUCAUCUUUGGAAUCUCCCUUGAUCCCGAGGAGAAGAGCAACGACGCCAUGAUUCCCAUACCAGGGGUGCAUUAUGGUUAUGAUGUUGAGUUUGAUGACUCAGAGCAGUUCAUCUAUUGGGUUGAGAAUCCGGGUGAAAUUCACAGAGUGAAAACUGACGGCAGCAACAGGACAGUAUUUGCUUCUCUGUCUCUGCUGGGGUCUUCUUUGGGCCUGGCCGUAGACUGGGUAUCAAGAAACAUUUAUUAUACCACUCCUGGAAGCCAGUCCAUCGAGGUGUUGACACUCCAGGGAGACGUGAGGUAUGGAAAAACGCUCAUUACCGAUGAUGGCACCUCUCUUGGCGCUGGUUUCCCGAUUGGCAUAGCUGUUGAUCCUGCACGUGGGAAACUGUAUUGGUCAGACCAAGGGACAAACAGCGGGGUUCCUGCCAAGAUCGCAAGUGCGAACAUGGACGGAACAUCUUUGAAAGUUCUCUUCACUGGGAACAUGCAGCACCUGGAGGUGGUCACGUUGGACAUCCAGGAGCAGAAGCUCUACUGGGCGGUCACCAGCACAGGCGUGAUCGAAAGAGGAAAUGUGGACGGCACAGAGCGGACGAUCCUGGUCCACCACCUCGCCCACCCAUGGGGUCUUGUGGUCCAUGGCCCCUUCCUUUACUACUCUGAUGAGCAGUAUGAGGUCAUUGAAAGAGUCGACAAGUCCUCCGGGGGCAACAAAGUCGUCUUGAGAGACAACAUUCCGAAAUUGAGGGGCCUUCGGGUUUACCACCGACGAAAUGCUGCUGACUCCCCCAAUGGCUGUAGCAACAACCCAAAUGCUUGCCAACAGAUCUGCCUGCCCGUACCAGGCGGAAUGUUCUCUUGUGCCUGUGCCAGUGGGUUUAAGCUCAACCCCGAUGGUCGCUCCUGUUCUGCAUAUAGCUCUUUCAUCGUCGUUUCCCUGCUGCCUGCAAUCAGAGGCUUCAGCUUGGUGUUGUCUGAUCACUCCGAGGCCAUGGUGCCAGUGACUGGCCAAGGACGAAAUGUUCUGCAUGCAGAUGUGGACGUUGCCUCCGGCUUCGUUUACUGGUGUGACUUUAGCAGCUCUGUGAGCUCCGCUAACGGAAUUCGUAGAAUCAAACCCGACGGAUCCAAUUUCAGCAACAUUGUUACCUAUGGCAUAGGAGCAAAUGGAAUCCGGGGUGUGGCAGUGGAUUGGGUAGCAGGAAAUCUUUAUUUUACCAAUGCCUUUGUUUACGAGACACUGAUAGAAGUGGUCCGGAUCAAUACCACGUACCGACGUGUUCUCCUCAAAGUCUCAGUGGAUAUGCCUCGGCAUAUUGUUGUGGACCCCAAGAACAGGUAUCUCUUCUGGGCUGACUAUGGGCAGAGACCAAAGAUCGAACGCUCUUUUCUCGACUGUACCAACCGGACUGUACUGGUUUCUGAAGGCAUCGUUACACCGCGGGGCUUGGCAGUGGACCACAACACUGGCUAUAUUUAUUGGGUCGAUGACUCCCUAGACAUAAUCGCCAGGGUUCAUCUCGAUGGGGGAGAGUCUCAAGUGGUUCGUUAUGGUAGUCGUUAUCCGACGCCUUACGGCAUCACUGUGUUCGGAGAGUCUAUCAUAUGGGUGGAUAGGAAUUUGAAAAAGGUCUUCCAGGCCAGCAAAGAACCGGGGAACACAGAUCCGCCAACAGUGAUAAGGGACAAUAUCAACUUCCUACGUGAUGUGACCAUCUUUGAUGAGCAAGCCCAGCCCCUCUCACCAGCAGAGCUUAACAACAACCCUUGUUUGCAAAGUAAUGGUGGGUGUUCCCACUUCUGCUUUGCUUUACCUGACCUGCCUACCCCCAAAUGCGGGUGUGCCUUUGGGGCACUGGAAAAUGAUGGCAAGAGCUGUGCCACUUCGAGAGAAGAUUUCCUCAUCUAUGCCUUGAAUAGUUCCUUGAGAAGUUUACACUUCGACCCUGCGGACCAUAGCCUGCCUUUCCAAGAAAUAAACGUGGAAGGAACUGCCGUCGCCCUGGAUUAUGACCACAGAAACAAUAGAAUCUUCUUCACCCAAAAGUUAAACUCUACCCAUGGCCAGAUUUCCCAUGUCAGCCUGUAUUCAGGGGCCACCUCCCCAGCUGUCCUGCUUUCAAAUAUAGGGAUUACUGAUGGCAUUGCCUUCGACUGGAUAAAUAGAAGAAUUUAUUACAGUGACUUUUCAAAUCAGACGAUAAAUUCCGUGGCCGAAGAUGGAUCUAAGCGUGCUGUGCUAGCCCGUGUUUCCAAACCAAGAGCGAUUGUGUUAGAUCCUUGCCGAGGGUACAUGUAUUGGACUGACUGGGGCACCAAUGCCAAAAUCGAGAGAGCCACACUGGGAGGAAACUUCCGGGUACCCAUUGUGAACACCAGCCUGGUCUGGCCCAAUGGGCUCACUUUGGACCUCGAGACCGACCUUCUCUACUGGGCAGAUGCUAGCCUGCAGAAAAUAGAGCGCUGUGCCCUCACGGGCACGAACCGAGAAAUCGUGGUCAGCACUGCCUUUCAUUCCUUUGGCUUGACUGUCUAUGGCCAGUACAUUUACUGGACAGACGUCUUCACCAAAAAAAUCUACCGUGCUAACAAGUACGACGGGUCAGACCUGAUCGCGAUGACCACUCGCUUGCCCGUCCAGCCUAGAGGCAUUUCCACGGUUCGGAAAAACCAGCAGCAGCACUGUAGCAAUCCUUGUGAUCAGUUUAAUGGAGGAUGCAGCCACAUCUGUGCACCAGGUCCGAAUGGAGCUGAGUGUCAGUGUCCCCACGAGGGCAACUGGUACCUGGCCAAUGAUAACAAGUACUGCGUUGCGGACACAGGCACCCGCUGUAGUCAGUUCACCUGCCUCAAUGGGCGCUGCAUUCCUGAGGACUGGAAAUGUGACAAUGACAAUGACUGUGGUGAUGGCAGUGAUGAGCUCCCCACCAUCUGUGCCUUUCACACGUGCCGGUCAACCGCCUUCACCUGUGCCAACGGGCGGUGUGUCCCGUAUCACUACCGCUGUGAUCACUACGAUGACUGUGGCGACAACAGCGACGAGGCAGGCUGCCUCUUCAGGAACUGCAACAGCACCACGGAGUUCAGCUGCAACAAUGGGCGGUGCAUACCCCUCAGUUACGUCUGCAAUGGCAUAAACAACUGCCGAGAUAACGACACCUCGGAUGAGAGAAACUGCCCUCCCCGCACUUGCCAGCCUGGAUUCACAAAAUGCCAGACCACAAAUAUUUGUGUUCUCCGAGCUUUCUUGUGUGAUGGAGACAAUGACUGUGGAGAUAUGAGUGAUGAAAACCCCAUUUACUGUGCCUCACACACAUGCCGCAGCAAUGAGUUCCAGUGCGUUUCCCCCCAGCGCUGUAUUCCCGACUACUGGUACUGUGACGGUGAAGCCGACUGCUCCGAUAGCUCUGACGAACCUGCCACUUGUGGGCCUCAUGUGAGCACCUGUUCAGCUAGCGAGUUCCAGUGUGACAAUGGCAGGUGCAUCCCCAGUAGCUGGAUUUGUGACGCUGAUAAUGACUGCGGGGACAUGAGUGAUGAGGACCAGCGACACCACUGUGAGCUCAAGAACUGCUCCAGCUCUCAGUUUACCUGUGUAAAUAACAGACCUCCGAGCAGGAGGUGCAUUCCACAAAGCUGGGUCUGUGAUGGCGACGCAGACUGUGAAGAUGCCCUGGAUGAGCUGCAGAACUGCCCCACGAGGACCUGCUCUGCAGGAGAAUUCAGCUGUGCAAAUGGACGGUGUAUCAUGCAAUCCUUCAGGUGUGACCGGCGCAAUGACUGUGGGGACUACAGCGAAGAGAGGGGCUGCUCGUACCCACCCUGCCGUGCGGAUCAGUUUACCUGUCAGAACGGGCGAUGCAUCUCCAGGCUGUUCGUCUGCGAUGAGGACAAUGACUGCGGAGAUGGGUCAGAUGAGCAGGAGCAUCUGUGCAACACCCCGGAGCCCACGUGCCCCCCUCACCAGUUCCGGUGUGACAACGGGCGCUGCAUUGACAUGGGGAAAGUCUGUAACCACUUGGAUGACUGUUCGGACAACAGUGACGAGAAAGGCUGUGGCAUUAAUGAGUGCCAGGAUUCCUCCAUCAGUCACUGUGACCACAACUGCACAGACACCAUCACCAGCUUCUACUGUUCCUGUCUCCCCGGGUACAAGCUCAUGUCUGACCAACGCACCUGCGUGGAUCUUGACGAAUGCAAGGAGUCACCCCAGCUCUGUAGCCAGAGGUGUGAGAACACAGUGGGUUCCUACCUUUGCAAGUGUGCCCCCGGCUACAUCCGUGAGCCGGAUGGGAAGUCCUGCCGGCAGAACAGUAACAUCGAGCCCUACCUCAUCUUUGGCAACCGUUACUAUCUAAGGAACCUAACUACAGACGGCACGUCCUACUCCCUGAUUUUGCAAGGACUGGGGAAUGUCGUGGCCCUGGACUUUGACAGAGUGGAGAAGAGGCUGUACUGGAUCGAUGCACAGAAGAAAAUCAUUGAGAGGAUGUUUCUGAAUAAGACAAACCGGGAGACGAUCAUAAACCACAGGCUGAACCGUGCGGAAAGUCUGGCCGUGGACUGGGUCAGCAGAAAACUCUAUUGGUUGGAUGCCUUCCUGGAUUGCCUGUUUGUCUCUGACCUUGAAGGUCGACACCGCAGAAUGCUGGCUCAGCACUGUGUGGAUGCCAACAAUACCUUCUGCUUUUCAAAUCCCCGGGGGAUUGUCCUUCAUCCUAAAAAUGGGCAUGUCUACUGGGCAGAUUGGGGUUAUCAAGCAUACAUUGGGAGGGUUGGCAUGGAUGGAACCAAUAAGUCUGUGAUUAUCUCCACCAAGAUCGAAUGGCCGAAUGCCAUCACCAUCGACUACACCAAUGAUCUCUUGUACUGGGCGGAUGCUCACCUGGGCUACAUUGAAUUCUCUGAUUUGGAGGGUCGCCACCGGCACACAGUGUAUGACGGGACGCUGCCUCACCCUUACGCUAUGACCAUUUUUGAGGACACUGUUUUUUGGACAGAUUGGAAUACGAGGACGGUUGAGAAGGGACACAAGUAUGAUGGGUCAGACAGGGUAGUGUUGGUGAACACAACGCACAGGCCUUUUGACAUCCACGUGUACCAUCCGUACAGGCAGCCAAUGGUGAGCAAUCCCUGUGGUACCAACAAUGGUGGCUGUUCUCACCUGUGCCUCAUCAAAGCAGGAGGGGGAGGAUUCACCUGUGCAUGCCCGGAUGACUUCCAGACUGUGCAGCUGAGAGACAGGACGCUCUGUAUGCCAAUGUGCUCCAGCACACAGUUCCUGUGUGGCAACAAUGAAAAGUGUAUCCCCAUAUGGUGGAAAUGUGAUGGGCAGAAAGACUGCGCUGAUGGUUCUGAUGAGCCAGAUCUGUGCCCACACCGCUUCUGCCGCCUGGGACAGUUCCAGUGCCGGGAUGGGAACUGCACAAGCCCCCAGGCUUUGUGCAAUGCUCGCCAGGAUUGCGCCGAUGGGUCUGACGAAGAACAGGCUCUCUGUGAGCAUCACCGGUGUGAAGCCAACGAAUGGCAGUGUGCGAACAAGCGGUGCAUCUCGGAGGCCUGGCAGUGUGACUCAGUGGAUGACUGCUUGGACAACUCGGAUGAAGACAGCUCCCACUGUGCCAGCAGGACCUGCAAGCCCGGCCAGUUCAGGUGUGACAACGGUCGCUGUAUCCCGCAGAGCUGGAAGUGUGACGUAGACAAUGACUGCGGAGAUUACUCGGAUGAGCCCAUCCAUGAAUGCAUGACUGCUGCCUACAACUGCGACAACCACACGGAAUUCAGCUGCAAGACUAACUACCGCUGCAUCCCACAGUGGGCGGUUUGCGACGGCUUUGACGACUGCAGGGACAACAGUGAUGAGCAAGGCUGUGAAGCCGUGCCAUGUGAACCUACAGGGGAUUUCCGGUGUAGAAAUCACCAGUGCAUCCCUCUCCGCUGGAAAUGUGAUGGCUAUAACGACUGUGGAGAUAGCUCAGAUGAGGAAAACUGUGUUCCUCGGGAGUGCACCGAGAGCGAGUUUCGAUGUGUCAAUCAGCAAUGUAUCCCCUCUCGGUGGGUCUGUGACCAAGAAAAUGACUGUGGAGACAACUCGGAUGAACGGGAUUGUGAGAUGAAGACCUGCAGUCCUGAACAUUUUCAGUGUACAAGUGGACAUUGUGUGCCCAAGGCACUGGCGUGUGAUGGCCAAGCAGACUGUCUGGAUGCUUCGGAUGAAUCCACUUGUCCUACUCGCUUUCCCAAUGGUACCUACUGCCCAGCUGCCCUGUUCGAGUGUAAAAACCAUGUGUGUAUCCAGUCGUUUUGGAUCUGUGAUGGGGAAAAUGACUGUGUCGACGGUUCUGAUGAGGAGAUUCACCUGUGCUUCAACAUUCCGUGUGAAUCACCGCACCGUUUCCGGUGUGACAACAGCCGCUGUGUUUAUGGCCACCAGCUGUGCAACGGUGUGGAUGACUGCGGAGACGGGACGGAUGAGAAGGAAGAACACUGCAUAAAACCAACCCAUAAACCCUGCACAGACACUGAAUAUAAGUGUAGCAAUGGAAACUGCAUUUCACAGCACUAUGUGUGUGACAAUGUUAAUGACUGUGGUGACCUUUCUGACGAAACUGGAUGCAAUCUGGGAGAGAACAGAACAUGCGCUGAGAACCUAUGUGAACAGAACUGUACCCAGUUAAGUGAUGGAGGAUUUAUCUGCUCUUGCAGACCUGGGUUCAAACCUAGUACUUUGGACAAAAAUUCCUGUCAAGACAUCAAUGAAUGUGAGCAGUUUGGCAUCUGCCCCCAGAGAUGUCGAAACAGCAAAGGAAGUUAUGAAUGUUUCUGUGCUGAUGGCUUCAAGUCUAUGAGUUCCCAUUACGGAGAACGCUGUGCAGCUGAUGGAAGCCCUCCGCUGUUGCUCCUGCCUGAGAAUGUCCGAAUCCGGAAGUACAAUGUCUCCUCCGAGAAGUUCUCAGAGUACCUGGAAGAGGAGGAACAUAUCCAGACUAUUGACUAUGACUGGGAUCCCGAGGGCCUGGGCCUCAGUGUUGUGUAUUACACUGUGCUGGGCCAGGGCUCUGAAUUUGGUGCUAUCAAGCGUGCCUACAUUCCUGACUUUGAAUCUGGUAGCAAUAAUCCCAUACGUGAAGUUGACCUGGGCCUGAAAUACAUAAUGCAGCCAGAUGGAUUAGCAGUGGAUUGGGUUGGAAGGCAUAUUUACUGGUCUGAUGCCAAGAACCAACGGAUUGAGGUGGCUACACAUGAUGGAAGGUACCGAAAGUGGCUCAUUACCACCGAGCUGGAUCAGCCAGCUGCCAUUGUUGUGAAUCCUAAGCUAGGGCUUAUGUUCUGGACUGACCAGGGAAGACAGCCUAAAAUUGAGUCUGCCUGGAUGACCGGGGAACAUCGCAGUGUUCUGGUUUCUGAGGACCUUGGCUGGCCAAAUGGUCUUUCCAUAGAUUAUCUGAAUGAUGACCGGAUCUAUUGGAGUGACUCCAAAGAAGAUGUUAUUGAAACCAUAAAAUAUGAUGGGACUGACAGGAGGCUCAUCAUAAAUGAAGCAAUGAAGCCGUUCAGUCUGGACAUCUUUGAAGACCAGCUCUACUGGGUGGCUAAGGAAAAGGGAGAAGUGUGGAGACAAAAUAAAUUUGGGAAAGAGAACAAGGAGAAAGUGCUGGUGGUGAACCCAUGGCUCACUCAAGUUCGCAUCUUUCAUCAACUGAGAUACAAUAAGUCAGUGUCCAACCCUUGCAAGCAGGUCUGCAGCCACCUCUGCCUGCUGAGGCCAGGAGGAUACAGCUGUGCCUGCCCCCAGGGCUCCAGCUUCUUAACUGGCAGCACCGUGCAGUGUGACGCAGCCAGCGAACUUCCCAUCACCAUGCCCCCCCCAUGCAGGUGCAUGCACGGAGGAAGUUGCUAUUUUGAUGAGAAUGACCUCCCCAAAUGCAAGUGUUCUAGUGGCUACAACGGAGAAUACUGUGAGGUUGGGCUCUCGAGAGGCAUCCCUCCGGGGACGACAAUGGCUGUGCUGUUGACUUUCCUGAUGGUCAUCAUCAUUGGAGCUCUGGUCCUCGUUGGAUUUUUCCACUACAGGAAAACUGGCUCCCUUUUACCCACUCUGCCUAAGCUGCCAAGUUUAAGCAGCCUUGCCAAACCCUCUGAAAAUGGAAAUGGGGUGACUUUCAGAUCGGGGGCUGAUGUUAACAUGGACAUUGGUGUGUCUCCUUUUGGCCCUGAGACAGUUAUUGACAGAUCCAUGGCAAUGAAUGAGCACUUCGUCAUGGAGGUGGGCAAGCAGCCUGUGAUCUUUGAAAACCCCAUGUACGCAGCCAAGGACAGUACUUCUAAAGUGACCCUGGCAGCUCAGGGCCUGUCAGUAUGUUCACAGGUGACUGUAUCAGAAAAUGUGGAAAACCAGAACUAUGGAAGUCCCGUGGAUCCUUCUGAGAUAGCUCCAGAGCCAAAGCCAGCCUCCCCCAGAGCUGAUGAAAGUCAGGGUUCAAAAUGGAGCAUCUUCAAACGAAAACCCAAACAGACCACGAACUUUGAGAAUCCAAUCUAUGCCGAGAUGGACAGUGAGCAAAAGGAAGGUGUGGCCGCAGCACCCCCUCCGUCUCCUUCCCUCCCUGCUAAAACUUCAAAAAGAAAUCCGACUCCAGGCUACACGGCCACAGAAGAUACCUUUAAAGACACCGCAAAUCUUGUUAAAGAAGAUUCUGAUGUAUAGCCAGGCCAGCUCUCUAGGGAAUGAUUUUGACACUCACUUUUGCACAUGUAUUUUUUACAGACAAAUGAAAAAAAAAAAAGAGUU